AUGUAUGUUGUUACUGGCGGAAGCUUAGCUGCUGUUGCUGCUAUUGCUGAGGGUUGGAGAGGCCCCUCAGUUAUGGAUGUGGUUACAACCGGUAAGAUUUCUGAUACCACAAAUGCUGCUACUUCUAAUAUUUCGGCUGCUAUUACUAGUGUUAACAUCGGUGACUCUUCACGAUUAUUCAUCUCGACUGUCCCGUCACCCCAUCAGUUGAUACUUAGCAGUAUCAGAGAUAACAGUAACAGUACAUUGGGUAAUGAACAUCAGUAUGAUGACGAAUCACCAGAAUGGUGCACCAUAUUAUCUGUUGAUUGUAAAUGCCACUUGUCGUAUCAGUUUUAUGCAUAUGAGGAAAGGCUGCUGCUUGGCCUCAUCACCCUACCAAUUAUCGUGUUUGGCCUUUGCGCAAACAUUACCUCCAUCCGUAUAUUCACCCACCGUUUUAUGUUUUCCUCAUCCAUUAAUUGGUACCUCGCAAUUCUAUCUAGUUCUGAUACACUUAUUCUAUUUUCUGCAUUCUUUGUUCUAUCGUUACCCAGACUGGGUGAAUAUACGAAAACGUGGUCGGCUACCAUAUUCAGCAGACAGGGUAUUAAAAUUGAAAAGAUGGAUGAAGUCACAGGAGAAAAUAUUCAAUGUGACAAAGAUUCUUCGAGAUGUUGUCGUGCUGCAACAUAA